GUGGUGGCCAGGGGCCACCACACCAUCCUCAUUCGAGCCGGGGGUUCCGCAGUGGGCGUUGGCAGAAAUGAUGCUGGCCAGAUUGACAUACCCAGCCUGGAGGCAGACUGUGCCUAUGUGGAUGUGGCGGCUGCCGAGCACAACACCGUCUUGCUACGCAGUGACGGCCAUGUCCAGGCUUUCGGUGGGAACUACCAUGGCCAAUGCAACAUACCACCACUCCACCCGGGUGAGCGCUACACCCAGGUGGCCUGCGGCUACGGACAUAUUGUGCUGCUGAAGAACAGUGGCACGGUCGCGGCCUGCGGUACCAACAAAAAUGGCCAGUGUGACAUCCCUGCACUGGACGGCGGCACGACGUACACACAGGCUGCCGCGCUGGAGGGUGCUAGCCUUCUCCUCCGCAGUGACCAGCGCCUGGUUCUAUGCGGCGCCGGCGAUCUUUUUCCGCCGGAAAUUUUGGAGGAGAGGGCCGCGAAGGUGCGUGGCGGCCGCUCCCACGUGGUUUUACUACGGCCAGAUGGCAGUGCGGCAGCUUACGGGAGCAAUGGCCUGGGCCAGUGCAAUCUCCCGGCCCUCGAGGAGGGAAUCUACGUCGACGCCGCAGCGGGCGGCUACCACACGGUGCUCCUGACUAGCAGGGGCGAAGCUUUGGCUGUGGGCAGCAAUAGUUUCGGGCAGUGCGACAUUCCAAAGCUGGAGGGCGCGCUGACCUACACCAGCGUGGCAGCAGGCCAGAAGGUGACACUGCUGGUUCGCAGCGAUGGGUGCAUCGUGUCUUGUGGCCGGUACGGUGAUGAGCAGUACGAGCUCCCGGAACUGCCACCAGGUCUCUCGUACACCCGGGCGGCCGCCGGCACCUUCCACGCAGCCCUGCUCAGGAGCGAUGGCUGCGCCGUUCACGUUCCGACCGGCGAUAUGCUAAUUUUGAAGCAGUGGUCUGAAGCUUCAGGGAACGGCGUACCAAAGAAGUACGUGCCAAAUCCGGCCUUCCUACCCAUCGGUGGGCGGGUUUGCCAGCUGGAGCUCCGACCGAACGGAGACAAGAUCCGAGUUCAGUUAAUGAGCGUGUCGGGAGACCCCAUCACAGAGCUGGAUGUCGAGGCCAGCUGCACCAUGCGUGCUUUGCAAGCCUUGGCAGACCUGCAGUUGAACGAGGCCUGCCAGCUGAUCCUCCCCAUGGGGCGGUCGGUGCAGCAGUUUCGCUUCUGGGCAGCAGCCCUCGAACCACCUGCCUCGACUGGAUUG